CUUUUUUCUAUCAUAUUGUAUACACCAAAAAUGGUAGGUAAAAAAAUUCAACCUCAUGUUAUAUUAGUACCAUACCCAAGCCAAGGUCACAUUAACCCACUUCUCCAAUUUGCAAAACGUUUAGCUUCAAAAGGUGUUAAAUCAACAAUAGCCACAACUAAAUACACUGUUAACUCUAUUUAUUCACCUAACAUCUCAGUUGAAUCAAUUUCUGAUGGAUUUGACGAAGGUGGUUACACUCAAGCCCAAAAUACAGACGUAUUCCUCAAAUCGUUCAAAGAAAAUGGUUCGAGAACUCUAUCACAAAUAAUCACAAAAUACGAAAAUUCAACACAUCCUAUAAGUUGCAUUGUUUAUGAUUCAUUCUUGUCAUGGGCUCUUGAUGUCGCGAAAAAACAUGGGAUAUAUGGAGCAUCUUUUUUUACGAAUUCAGCUACAGUUUGUGCUGUGUUUGCUCAUAUUCACCAUGGAACGUUUUCGUUGCCUGUGAAAAUCGAAGAAAAUGAGCCAUUGUUAUUGCCUGGUUUGCCUUGUUUGUACCCAAUUGAUGUUCCUGGGUUUAUUAGAGAGCCUGAAAGUUACCCUGCUUAUUUAGCUAUGAAAAUGAGCCAAUUCUCUAAUCUGGAAAAUGCUGAUUGGAUUUUUGACAAUUCUUUUCAAGAGCUUGAAGGAGAGAUAGCAAGAGGAAUUUCAAAGUUUUGGCCAGCAAAGUUGAUAGGACCAAUGGUGCCAUCUUUAUAUUUGGAUGGAAGAAUAGAAAAUGACAAAGGUUAUGGAGCAAGUCUAUGGAAACCCCUUAGUGAAGAAUGUCUCAAUUGGCUAAAAACAAAGCAAAAACAAUCAGUAAUUUACAUUUCAUUUGGAAGCAUGGUAUCACUCACACCAAAACAAAUGGAAGAAAUAGCAUAUGCUUUAAUAGGCAUCAACAUGAAUUUCCUUUGGGUUGUAAGAGAUACUGAAAAAUGCAAAUUGCCUAAAGGAUUCAUAGAAUCCACAGAAGGUAAAGGACUCAUUGUGUCAUGGUGCAAUCAGCUCGAGACGCUAGCAAAUCAAGCUAUUGGUUGUUUUGUGACUCACUGUGGAUGGAACUCGACUCUUGAAGGACUAAGCCUUGGCGUGCCGAUGGUUGCAAUGCCACAAUGGUCUGAUCAAAUGACGGAUGCUAAGUUUAUAGAUGAGAUAUGGGAGAUUGGUGUGAGGCCUAAGUUGGAUGAGUUGUUAGGAAUUGUUAAAAGAGAAGAGUUGUUGUUUUGUUUAAAGGAGGUAAUGAAAGGGGAAAAGAGUUAUGAGAUUAGAAGAAAUGCUACAAAAUUGAGAAAUUUGGCUAAGAAAACAGUUAGUGAAGGAGGUAGCUCUGACAAGACUAUUAAUGAGUUUGUUUAUAGUCUAAAUUUAGCUUGCUAGAUGAAGUACAAGAAAUCCUUGAUUAUCUU